GACUGAAGCGUCAGUGUGUUACGUUUGAAAAGGCGCAUCAGGCUGUUAUAUUAUACAGAAGCGCUGUACAGGAUUGCAGAUCUGUGAGACUGCAACAGCGCAGCAAUGGAACAAAGCACACCCUGGUUUUGCACAAAUAAAUACGUGUAAUAAUAAUAAUAAUAAUAAUAAUAAUAAUAAUAAUAAUAAUAAUAAUAAUAAUAAAUUCUAAAAUACAUUUAAUACCCGGAAUAAUCAUGUGGGAGCUCCGAUGUGAAGAUCUAUAACGUGGAAAACUAAAAAGGAAAUCACUUGGUAUAGUAAUAUAUAGGUAUAAACAUAUUCAUCUAUAAAUAAUAUAUUUUGUACGCCGGCGGAUGCAAGAAUGGACAGGAGUCAGACGCGGUGUUGCACUGGGUGUUGGAAAUUUACACUUCUGUCAAUCGUUUUUAUUCUGCACUUGAUUCCUUUGUGUGUGCAUGGAGGCUUAUUGGAAGGCAACACAACCCUGUCGGAUAACAAAAACAAUGAUUCAUUACUCUGCUUGGGAUGCAGAAGCAGUUCUAGCUCUGGAGCCAAGGCUAAAGAGUCUUUGUUGGGGGAGCACAAAGAAGGGGGCCCAGAGGUCUCCACUGGCUCAAGUUGGCCGACUGCCAGAGAGCCCUUUGUCUGGGGCUUAAGGGGCACAAAGGAGCUGGGGGGGACUUCUACCCCCCUUCCCCGAGAAAGCCAGGAAGAGCUGGGUAGUGGCGACCGGCUCUUCAAACCCUUGGCCAGCACUGCUUUUGGGACUGCUAUGGAAGUGGGGGUUCUGGGGGAGGGCUACACCACUGCCCCCUUGAGACAGGAUGCUACUACCACAGCUGUGAUGAGCAGCACUGAGAUCAGCCAAGACUCAGCAGAGAAGGAACAUCUGAUUGAAGUAUUAGGGGAUUUCAUCAGAGCCGAACCCAGCAACAACAGAGACAUCCAGAGCUUGCCGACCCCUGACACUACUGAGAUCCGUCUGGAUUUCAAAGAGGAUGAGCAGGUGAUGCUCUGGGGUGACCACACAGACUCCCCUGCACAAGGAGCUGAGGGGAGCCUGGAUUUCACGUUAUUGGAUCUGGACAUGCAGCUUAGAGCCCAGCCAGCCACCACUCCUACCAUAAACACCCUGGCAACCUCAGAUAUUCUCAGCAUGGACUACUAUGACCCUUUUGCGGAUUUGGACCUGGGAGACACUACAUUGCCCAAAACAUCCUCUGUGUCGUCAGCCCGUGAAGUGCUUGGUGUGCCCACUUCCUGGACCCUCCCUGAAGUCUAUGACUAUUUCACACCCUAUGAUGAUUCCUACCCCUCCACUACAGAGGUUUACCCUGAUGAGGAUGAGUACACCACAUCCGACCUGGAGGACGAGAAUAACUACUGGCUCACCACUGCGCCUUCUGACCCUUGGAUCUUGCUCCAGGACAGGGGCACGCUGUCCCCCCAGCCCGGCCUGGACCCCCGUUCCGCGUCCAUCAUCACGGAGGAUGUGCAGCCCAGUGGCUCAGAUGAAGAUGAGGCAGGCCAGACUGUCGCACAGCUGCCUUCUGGUCAGGGUUCCGCCAUUAACAACAACAACAGCUCAGAGUGCAGGAUGGGAUACGUCAAGCACAACUUCACAUGCAAGUCCGUCUGCAACAUCUUCCCCAGCUACUGCUUCAAUGGAGGCCAGUGUUACCUGGUGGAGAAUACAGGAGUCUUCUGCAGGUGUAACACGCAGGACUAUAUCUGGCACAAGGGGGCUCGCUGCGAGUCUGUGAUCACGGAGUUCCAGGUGAUGUGCAUUGCGAUUGGAGCUGCUGCUGUCAUGGUGCUGCUGCUCUUCAUGAUCACUGUCUUCUUCGCCAAGAAGCUGCACCUGCUCAAGACAGAGAAUUGCAAACUGCGCAAGCGCUCUAAGUACCGUCCUCCCUCGGAGCAGCACAAUGAUAAUUUCUCGCUGUCGACCAUCGCUGAGGGCUCCCACCCUAAUGUAAGGAAACUUUGCGACACCCCACCUAACCUCCCUCAUGCCCGUGCUUUGGCUUACUAUGAUAACAUUAUCUGUCAGAAAACCAUCAGCAGAUACACCUGGGAAUGUAAAAGCACAGAGGAAGCUGGUGGCCAGGACCACCCGAACGCCCAGAACAAACUGGAGGACCCAGUGAAUGUGUCUCCCAAGGAGGACCAUGCCGCACUCAACAUCCAGAACUCCCUGACACCCAAACACGAAAACAACAAGGCAGCUGAGUGCGAGGAGAACUCGGAGGCUGGCAUUACAAUUGAGGUGGAGCUGCAUAUUCCCAAACACGCCAAUGUCCUACCUCCCUCCAGCUCCCCACGCAGCUGCAACGUCGUCCUAUGCAAGAUGGAGGAGCCGAGCCCCACACUACCCCCAACCUGACCCCAGCCAGACCCAGUGCCUCUUUUCUCUGCAGACAGAAUGCUCUGAAGCUGGUGGAAAGCCUGGCUGAAAACCGGAUGACUGUACCCCGCUACGUGUUAGAGUAGAGGCAGUUUCUGUUUAAUCAUUGAGCAGUGAGAAAAUAGUAAUAUCGAAGUAUUUCAGGAAAACGAAAGCAGUAGCUUGUUAGCCAUUUCAGCUUGGACCAGAUAUUUCUAGCACUGAACAUUUUUGCUGCUGAAAAUGCAAUGGUCCCCUCAGGACUAAUGACACUGACCUAGACCAACCCCAGACACGCAUCCUGUCUAAGUACUGAAAACACACAGGACUAGGUGCAGUAAGCAUUAGCCUACUAACUACUUCACACCACAUUUGUUAAAUUAUUCACUAGCAGGUUCUUGACAAACCAAUUGUUUCCACCUGGCCCACAGUGAGAUACUGAGUAGGAAAGAAAAUAAAUAUUGCCACCUAUUUACCAAAGUUGAAGUUAUUUAAAGAUUGGAAUUCACAGAACUGUUAUGUACUGUUUUUAAAAAGUCAGCCAUUAUUUUAACAAUUUUUAUGAAUACCAAAUUUUAUUAAUCAAAUCCAAUUCUGUAUAUAUCUGUAUAUAUAUUUUUUUAAAUUAGUACACUUCUUUAAAACAUUCAUAAUAUAAAGUGUGGAUAUACUUAUGGUGCCAUUUAAUUUGAUCAGAUUUUGGAAGCCCUUAGGAACACAAUCUUAAUGAUCCACUG